GCAGACGUGUCACUCCACUUUUUAUUAUCCUCCUAUAAGACUGUAUUUGUGUACUCGGCUAGUGUACAAGGAAAAUUAAGUAGAAAUCGCGCAGGUGAAUGGACGCGCGAGUGCUGCAGCUGUUACGCUUUCUGCGCGCGGUUGAGCAGCUAUUUUCUUCGGGAUUUGUUGGGUUGAACGUUUGUUUAUGUAGCGUUGCAUAUGUAAAGGCGAUUUGAGGGAUGCGCUGUUUUCCAUAAAAUUGCGUUAAUUUGUCGAGGUAACAAUCAGGCCCAAGGUGACCACGAAAAAUGAUUCCUCUUAUACACAAGGACUCGCCGAGUAUCAUCAUCAGAGUAAAAGAAAAGAUUCUAGGAUGGAAGCGACUCAUUUGGGCGGACAAGAAUGUCAGGAAUCUGUUCCUUUUCCUCAUAUUGAACUUCAGCUUUGCAUUCGUAGAGCUUACAUAUGGCGUUUGGACCAACAGUUUAGGACUGAUAUCGGACAGUUUUCACAUGUUCUUUGACUGCACUGGCCUAAUAGUUGGUCUAUCUGCUUCAGUAAUAACAAAAUGGCGAGCCAAUGAGCGAUUUUCCUAUGGAUACGUGAGAGCUGAAGUACUUGGUGGUAUGGUGAACGGACUGUUUUUGGUCUUUGUGGCAUUUUUCAUAAUGUCAGAAGCUGUGGAAAGAGCCAUUGAACCUCCGGAAGUCAAGCAUGAGAGACUGUUCUUGGUAUCUGUACUUGGCCUUUUGGUGAAUAUCAUAGGAAUUUUCGCAUUUAACCAUGGUCAUGGCGGAGACAGCUGUAGCCAUGGACAUGGUCAUGGGCAUAGCCAUAACCAUGGCCAUAGUCAUAGUCAUGGACAUUCGCAUUCUCACAAUCAUGGCCAUUCUCAUAAUCAUCAUGAUCAUGCUCACAAUCACCAUAACAUUGAUAUUGAUCACUCCCACGGAAGUUCCGGCAACUCGCAAAUCAUGAAGGGAGUUUUCUUACACAUCUUGGCCGAUACCCUCGGUUCAGUUGGAGUAAUCAUAUCGGCUGUAUUGAUGCAAAUGUUUGGAUGGAUGAUAGCAGAUCCAAUCUGCUCUAUGUUUAUCGCUGUUUUGAUAUUCAUCAGUGUUCUGCCUCUUUUAAAUGAAUCUAUAAAUAUACUUAUGCAGAGGCAGCCCAAGUCAUUGGAUCAUAUUUUGCCUCAGUGCUACAACAAAGUUACACAGCUGGCUGGUGUCUACAGUGUUCAAGAUCCACACUUUUGGACUUUGUGCUCUGACAUUUACGUAGGUUGUUUGAAAUUAGAAGUUGCAAGAACUGUUGACCCGAAAUAUGUUGUUGCGCAUACACAGAUGAUAUUCCAAGCAGCUGGCGUUAGGCAGUUGACUGUCCAACUAGAUUAUUCGUCAUCGUGAUUAUAGUAAAUCAAUGUGUAUGUUGUACAAUGAGUAAAUGUCUUCUCCAACAGCCAAGGCUGUUCUACUAAACUGUGAAUCCUUUAGGAAAAAAGUAACACUUCUUUCUUCUAGUAAAGAAUGUCAAGUUUCGUUAAAAUAUGUGUGAGUGAGUGAAUUGAGCACAUAAAAUGUAGUGCAUCAUUGAUGAAUAUGAUUGUAAUGAAAGGGGCUUACUUUUGAAACCAACCAUACGCAUUUAUGUAAAUUCACACUUUGCUAAAGAGACUCUUAUAUGCUAGAUAUAUCUGCACCAUGUUGAUGUCUAAGUUUGUUGUAUUAUGUUAUAUUUCUCAAAUGUUAAUACCAGUAGAAAAUGAUACUGCUUGCGUAUUUUGAAAAUAAUGGGUUGGUAUGGUUUUAAAAGGAAGCCAUUCAGUCACACUGUUUUUUAUUUAAAAAGAUUUUAUCGCUCGUUGAUGAAUUGUUAAAAAAGUAAAGGCACCCAAACAGAAAAAUGUUGGUGCUUUCACCUUUUUACGCAGAUCCUCCUUACUAAGAACUUUAUAUUGUAGUAUGAGAAUAUCUUUCAACAAGCAUUUUUAAAAACUACUAGACAUCACUUUCAAGGUUUUUGUAAGAACAAAAACAGAUGCAAACUGUGUAUAUUUAUGAAGCUACUAAACAUUGAGACAGUCGUCAGGUGUAUUUGAUAAAACUAUAGCAUUUUAAUAUUACGCAAUAUUAAACUUGUAGUUAUUUUGUCUAAGAUUUUUACUUUUUUAUAAAAGCAGUUGUUAUCAAGCAGUAGUGUAUUUCAGAUUGCAACAAUCUGAACUGUCCACGCAAAUUUGUCAUUCAUAUUUUUUGUACCAUAUCUAAUUGCUGAUCCAUCAAUAACAAUUAACGACAUUUUCGCGUUUUUGGGCUUUCAAGGUUUAGUGAUGCUGAAAAAAAGUUGACCAAAUAAAGCAUUUCACAAUGUAACACAAUACGCGCUAAAACUUGUAAUUGAAAAAUCCAUGAACUUGUAUGGUUUUGAUACUUAAACAUAAUUUGUAAAGCAUACUGUGUACAAAAUUCUUCUCUUACUCUUACUUACUACUUACACUCUUACUUACUUACUUCUUCUACAAAUUUCUGAUUCGUACAUUAAUAAGAGUCUUUGCAAAGCUUUAAAUUGUCUUGAUAAUAUCAUAGUGUUAUUUAUGUGAAGUACUAUAUGCAAUUGUAACAUUCCAAAUGAUAAAAAUGUAUGUACAGAGAUCAGACUUCCAAUUCCUGAGCAUGAGCUCCUAUAUAUUAUAUAUUAUCUAGACUAUCAUUUUUAUAUUUUAAAUUUAUGUGAAAAAGAGAUUGGUUAACAGGUAUCGUUUAAUCAAUCAAGCUUUUUUUUAAACUUUCAAACUUUCUUCAAUAAAUAUCUUGCUCAUGUUAAGGGACAUAACAAUUAGUGAUAUCUGUAGGCCAAAUUACUGAAAAUUAAUGAAAGUAUUUUGCUGCUUAUCUAGAUGAUAAAUUAAAUGAUUAUGUAUGCGAUUGAUGUGUCUUUUUUGUUUUUACCGCAAUAUUAUAUUGCAUCAGAAGAAAAAAAAAAUUAUACGGCUUAAUCUAAUUUAUAUACAUUAAGUGAAAAAGCGUGAAACGAGAGGUGAGAGUGUAUUCUUGAUAGUGAUAUUAACAUUAAUAUGUAAAACGAAAACGAUAUAAAGAAACAUUGACUUUUCUUUUGUUAUAUCUCGUUCACUCUGACGCCUCGACUAUAUCAUAAUAAUGAAAGUUUUUUAUUAACAAAAGCUAAAGAAUAAAAAAGAGACUGUUACAAAUAUGAAAA